AUGGGCAUCAAAGGUAUUUACAAAGAGCUCGGUCCGGGCAAGCGGAUCUCGCUCUCCAAGCUUGCCGCUGACAGCUUGGAGUCCGCAAACCGACCGUAUCGCAUGGCUAUUGACUUUGCAAUAUGGCACUUCCAGACACAGGCUGCACAAGGUGGUACCAAUCCGGCAUUGAGGACUCUGUUCUAUCGCCUAGUUCGACUCCUCGGGACCCCAAUACAACCAAUCUUUGUGUUUGAUGGGUCAAAUAAGCCCAUAUUUAAACGAAACAAACGAUCAGGACGAGGCGACGGCGCUACAACGGCAGCGGCGAAGCACCUGAUACGAUUGUUCGGAUUUCCUAUCCAUGAUGCCCCCGGCGAAGGAGAAGCGGAAUGCGCCCUCCUCCAGCGACACGGGAUAGUUGAUGCUGUUCUCAGCGAAGACGUCGAUACCAUAAUGUUUGGAUGCACAAAAACCCUCCGUAAUUGGUCUUCCGAAGGGAAAACUUCCACAGCACCAACCCAUGUUUCUCUAUACGACGUUGAGGACAUGGCGUUGGGAGACCUAGGUCUUGAUCGUGAAGGCAUGGUGUUAGUUGCAUUAAUGAGCGGCGGUGACUAUCUUCCGGACGGAGUACCCGGAUGUGGUGUAAAAGUAGCCUGUGAGGCGGCCAAAGCUGGCUUUGGAAAAUCAGUUUGCCGUCUAAAGGUAUCCGAUAAAGACGGUAUACAAGCAUGGCGGAAUUCUCUACGACAUGAGUUACAAACCAACGAAAAAGGCUAUUUCAGAACGAAGCACAAGGCGUUAACGAUACCAGAAGACUUCCCCAACAUCGAAGUCCUGCGCUACUACACCCACCCAAUAGUGUCUUCCGAAUCCAGUAUUGAGGCUAUUCGUCAAACAAUGGAGCAAAAGCACGUAUUUCAUCUAACCGCAUUGCGCGAGUUUACGCGAGAGAAUUUCGACUGGGACUACCGUAUAGGGGCUGUCAAGUUUGUCCGAGUUCUAGGACAGGCAAUGCUUGUUCGCGACUUGGCCAAUUCCCAAAUUGCCGCCCAGCAUGUUAAACGCAUUUCUGGGCGACGAACACACUUUAGCACAGAUGGCACACCCGAACUACGCUUGGCUUUUAUCCCUGAAGAAGUUGUCCCCAUUGAUUUGGCAAAAGAAGUUGACGAAACUGUCAAUCCUGGCCGAACGGGAUUGGCGUUGAACAGCGACGAUGAGUUCGACACUCCUGAGGGCGUCCCCACCAUUAACGCUCCAAAACUGUUUGACAUUUCCAAACCCGAUCUCGCCUGGGUGCUGGAAGGUUUGGUGAAAAAUUCUGCCUCCGACGUUUUCCAAGAAUGGCAAUUGAAAGAACAGGCCAAGGCUGUCCGACGAUCUCCUACAAAGACAAAGAAAAAAGCCGGUAUAACCAAAGCUCUCAAAGGCUCCGAUAUGCCUCGAGGCUCACUUGACAAGUAUGUCACAGCCACAAAGGCAGCUCUUGCCAGCAGCCAAGGUUCUUCCAAAGCUCUUGAGCCAAGUUCAUCACUCCACAAGAGCCUUGCGCGUCCCAAAGCCACGCCAAGCAUAAGUAAGCAAUCCUCGUCCUCGCCUACGAGGAGUCCGAAAACAACGGCAACCAUUGAGGUAAUCGACAGCUCACCAGUCAUGCCUAGAUCCCCCAGGAGGCAACCAGACGCGAUCUAUAUUUCAUCAAGUCCCCCAGCGCCGGCAUCCCGUUCUCCUCCUGCAUCUCCUUCCCCGUCAGGUUCAGUUUAUAGUACGGCUUCCAAACUCCCACAGUCUCAAGAGGUUCCCGAAUCAAUACGCUCGAUUCUUCAGGCGAGCCAUUGCUCUAAGAGCCUGAAAAAUCCACUACAACGGCAAAGACAACAUCAGGAGCCUAAAACAAACAGCUUGACGUUGAAACAGUCUUCUAUGGAACUGUUUCUCAGUAAAUCCAAGAGGAAAGCCACCGAAAAGCGAGUAAUACUGAUAAACAAGGAAGGGGAAGGGGAAGGGGGAACAAAUUCCGACUCGGACCUGGAAUCAAUAUCAGCGCCAGCACGGUCUCCCUCACCUAUUCAGCCUGUCUUAAAUCAGGAGACGGCUGCAGUUGGUCAGGGGGCGUCGUGUUCGAGGGGACCGGGGCCAUCACCCAAGAAGAAGCUUUCUAGGGCAAGGCCUUCAGGUUCCGGCUUUUUCGAGGAAGUCGAAUUGGAUGAAGAUGAGCGCAAUGCGGAAUUAAAUACAAAGUUGAGCAGAAAGGGAGCCGCCGUUCGGUGGAGUGAUGUAUCAAUCAUUGAUUUGACAGCCACUGAUAAAUAG